AUGGCCAUCCAACCCUAUCAGGAAGACAAUGAGGCUUCCUCUGGACCGCACGACACCGCUCCCGCAAAACGAUUACGCUGGGCUACGCAGAGGAAGCGCUCGAGCGAUAACUCGACAAAGCGAGAAUCAAAUGGAACCGACCUCGAAUCUGUACCCGAGGAGUCCGAGGCUUCGGCCGAACAAGCUGGUGCCGGUCGCCGCGUCUUCUUCAACAUGCCCCUGCCCGAGGAUGCGCGCGACGAAGAAGGCCAUCCUAUCACACAGUUUGUGCGAAACAAGAUUCGCACCGCAAAAUACACUCCCAUCAGCUUCAUACCCAAGAACUUGUGGUUCCAGUUCCACAACAUCGCCAACAUCUACUUCUUGUUUAUCAUCAUUCUCUCGAUCUUUCCCAUCUUUGGCGCCUCGAACCCUGGUCUCAGUGCUGUACCGCUGAUUGUCAUCGUCUUCAUUACCGCAGUCAAGGACGCAAUUGAGGACUGGAGGAGAACAGUUCUUGAUAACGAGCUCAACAACGCACCUGCUCACCGCCUUGUCGACUGGGAGAACGUCAACACAGCCGAGGACCAGAUCUCGUUGUGGCGAAAGUUCAAGAAAGCAAAUACUCGAGCUAUCACUUAUGUCUGGCACCUCUGGAAGAAUCGUAAAGAGUCCAAAGAUGAAAAACGAAACUCCCAGAAGGAUAGAGCCUUAGACGAAGGCAGAGCAUCCGCAGACGCCCGACGACCAUCCAUGUACUCUCAGCGCAUGUCGGCAAUGUCCAUAGCCACCGAAGAGCCUGGCGCUAUGGAAAUGACGCCGGUACAUUCGCCAAUGCCCGCCCCGGCUAUGGAAGGAAGCAAAGAGAUGGACUUGGGUGACCACGUCAGGAAGUCCCUCGAGAACGAUGCCCUUAAGCCAGGCGACGCGCGUCAAGUUGUCGAAGUUGCAAAAGAUCCCACCGAUACCAACGCACCCGUUCCAAAACGAUUCUACGGCAACGUCAUCAACCCCAACAAACCCAGUGGAAAGGCGCGGUUCAAGAAGGAUUGCUGGAAGAACGUCCAAGUCGGAGAUUUCGUCAGACUCUACAACGAGGAAUCCAUACCUGCGGACAUCGUCGUUUUGUCGACCUCUGACCCCGAUGGAGCUUGUUACGUGGAAACUAAGAAUCUGGAUGGAGAGACCAAUCUCAAGGUACGCCAGGCUCUACAUUGCAGUCAGAAGGUCAAGAGAGCCCGCGACUGUGAACGUGCCGAAUUCAUUCUAGAAAGUGAACCGCCCCAUGCCAAUCUUUACUCUUACAGCGGAGCCGUUCGAUGGAAGCAACAUGGCAGCAAGAAUUCCGAGGUGGAAGCCGCAGACAUGGCUGAACCUGUUUCCAUCAACAACAUGUUGCUUAGAGGCUGUUCCAUUCGCAACACCGAGUGGGUCUUGGGUAUCGUCGUUUUCACAGGAGAAGAGACCAAGAUCAUGCUCAACUCUGGUAUCACCCCUACAAAGCGCGCUCAAAUCUCGAAGGACUUGAACUGGAACGUCAUCUACAACUUCAUCAUCCUGUUCUUCAUGUGUCUUAUCUCGGCUCUAGUACAAGGCACUACCUGGGGCAAAGGUGAUGAAUCGCUUGACUUUUUCGAGUUCGGCUCUUACGGCGGUACGCCAGGUCUUAACGGAUUCAUCACAUUCUGGGCCGCUAUCAUCCUCUUCCAGAACUUGGUACCCAUCUCGCUCUACAUCACCUUGGAAAUCAUCCGCACUGCUCAGGCUUUCUUUAUUUACAGCGAUGCUUUUAUGUACUAUGCACCGGUCGAUUAUCCAUGCACCCCAAAGUCGUGGAACAUCUCCGAUGACCUUGGUCAGAUUGAAUAUAUUUUCUCUGAUAAGACUGGCACACUAACUCAGAACGUCAUGGAGUUCAAGAAAGUCACGAUCAAUGGCGUGCCUUACGGAGAAGCAUACACCGAAGCUCUGGCCGGAAUGCAGAAACGACAAGGAAUUGAUACCGAAGCCGAAGGAGCAAAAGCCCGUGUACAAAUAGCUCGCGGCAAAGUCAAGAUGCUCGAGGAUUUACGCAAGUUGCAUGACAACCCAUACCUUCUGGACGAGAACGUUACAUUCGUUGCACCCGAUUAUGUUUCGGAUUUGACCGGAGCUUCUGGACCUCAACAGAAAGCGGCCAAUGAAUAUUUCAUGCUGGUGCUUGCGCUCUGUCAUACUGUAAUCACUGAGCGUACCCCUGGUGAUCCGCCAAAACUCGAGUUCAAAGCUCAAUCACCCGAUGAGGCUGCGCUCGUCGCAACGGCCAGGGACUGUGGCUUUACAGUCCUAGGUCGUUCAAACGAUGGAAUCAUCGUCAACGUUCUUGGUGAAGAGCGUGAGUACACCGUUCUCAACAUCUUGGAGUUCAACUCAUCCAGAAAGCGCAUGAGUGCCAUUGUGCGCAUGCCCAACGGAAAGAUCGUUCUAUUCUGCAAGGGUGCCGACAGUACCAUCUAUUCGAGAUUGAAGAAGGGUGAGCAGCAAGAAUUGAGAAAAACCACUGCUGAUCAUCUUGAGAUGUUUGCUCGAGAGGGCCUGCGUACCCUAUGUAUUGCUCAAAGAGAACUCAAUGAGGAGGAGUACCAGACUUGGAACAAACAGCACGAUAUUGCUGCGGCGGCUAUUCAAAACCGUGAGGAGAAGCUCGAAGAGGUUUCAGAUGCAAUCGAACGCGAUCUCACUCUUCUCGGAGGAACUGCUAUUGAGGACAGACUCCAAGACGGCGUGCCUGACGCAAUCCAGCUCCUUGCUCAGGCAGGUAUAAAGCUAUGGGUUUUGACUGGAGACAAGGUUGAGACGGCCAUCAAUAUCGGAUUCUCCUGCAACCUGCUGGGCAACGACAUGGACCUUAUCGUCUUGAACAUUCAAGAUGAGAAUCUAGACAGUGCAGAAGCAGAACUCGACAAGAACUUGGCUAUCUUUGGCAAAACCGGAUCUGACGAGGAACUCAAAGCUGCAAAGAAGAACCACGAACCGCCAGCACCGACCCACGCUGUGGUCAUCGAUGGCGAGACUUUGAAACUCAUGCUGAACGAUAGACUCAGACAGAAGUUCCUGCUUUUGUGCAAGGAGUGCAAGUCGGUUCUCUGUUGCCGUGUCAGUCCCAGUCAGAAGGCUGCCGUUGUUGGCAUGGUCAAGAACGGGCUCGAUGUCAUGACUUUGGCCAUCGGUGACGGUGCCAACGACGUUGCUAUGAUCCAAAAAGCUCACGUUGGUGUCGGUAUUGCUGGUGAGGAAGGCAGACAAGCAGUCAUGUCUUCUGACUAUGCAAUUGGUCAAUUCAGAUUCCUUACAAGACUUGUGUUGGUUCAUGGACGUUGGUCAUAUCGUCGACUUGCGGAAACCAUUGCAAAUUUCUUCUAUAAGAACAUCAUCUGGACAUUCGCUCUCUUCUGGUACCAAAUCUUCGCUAACUUCGAUUGUUCAUACAUCUUCGACUACUCUUACAUUCUACUUUACAACUUGGCAUUCACCUCUCUGCCGGUUAUCUUGAUGGGAAUCUUGGAUCAGGAUGUCGAUGACAAAGUGUCCCUUGCGUCAGGUCAGAACGUCAACGAUUACCAACGCAUUGGUGUAUACAUUGCCAAUUCCAUUGUCGUGGUGGCCAACGUUUAUAUUCUGAUGAACGCCUAUCGCUGGGACUGGUUUUUCACACUCAUCACAACAAUCUCUAUCCUGCUCAUCUGGACCUGGACUGGAAUUUACUCCUCAUUCACGGUUGGCUUCACGUUCUACAAGGCUGGUGCCGAGGCCUACGGGUCAUUGAGCUUUUGGGCGCUGACGAUGAUGGUGAUCAUCAUUGCUUUGCUGCCUCGCUUUACCGCAAAGUCCUUCCAGAAGAUCUUUAUGCCCCGCGAUAUCGACGUUAUCCGCGAGCAGGUCAGACAAGGCAAAUUCGACUAUCUCAAGAAUGUGGACCCGCAAAACUCGGAGGGCGUUAGUCCACCCCCUCCAGAGAAAAUGUCAGAUUCCACCUCAAGUUCGGAGAUAAGCAAGCCAUCAGGGGCGCAGAGACUUGCUCACAAGUUGUCCCAUAACAGAGUCCCCACCGAAGACGAACGACCAAUCUAUCCUCCCUCAAUAGCAGCGACGGCAACGACUCGCAAUGCCAGAUCACACAACGGCAGCGAUGGUACCGAUUACACUGGACAUCGAUCUUCCAUCGACCGGACGUUCCCUGCGGUCGGGCAAGUAACGUCUCGUCCGUCCGAAGACUUUGGAAAUAGUCCGAUAGACUUUUACCGACCUCCGGUCGUUGCUGGAGGCUUCGAGUCGCCCGCACCACGACCAAGCUACGAUCGACCAAGGCCUUCUUUCGAUCGACUGAGGGCCAGCAUGGACUUUGAAAGAACCCGGCCAUCGUUUGAGGGCUCGCGAGAUUUCACCAGUGCGGCAUAUCUGUCGCGGGUAGAAAGCAGUCACACGCCUGCCGGUACACCUGCUGCGGUGGACCGGAAAGACAUUGGCUAUGCCAUGUAA